CUAAUAGUGUACGAUAACAACAGACAAACGCACGGAAAUCUAAACAUGGCAGCCAGAAGGGCCCAUGGUGUACAAAGAGUCCUUACUAAAUUGGAAUCGUCGGUUAAGGCCGGUGACUAUUAUGAAGCUCAUCAAAUGUACAGGACUUUAUAUUUUAGAUACUUAGCGCAGAAAAAAUAUGAAGAAUUGCUUCAGUUGAUACACGAGGGUGCUACAUGGCUUUUGACAAACGAUCAGUUGACCAGUGGUGCUGAUUUAUCCAUUCUCUUUGUCGAUGUUCUUCAAAAGUCUGAGAAUGCACCAUCUGAUGAUUAUUUUAAGAAACUGUCACGGCUUUUUGAAAUGAUAGGACCAGAGAUACCUGAAAGGGAAACGUUCCUCAGUAAUGCUUUACAGUGGUCCACGAAAGGAUUGAAGGAACACCGAAAUGGACAUCCAAAUUUACAUCAGUACAUAGCACAAGUUUACUGGAAAGAAAAAAAUUACACACUAGCGAGACAUCAUUUUUUACAUUCAGAAGAUGGCACAGGAUGCGCAACAAUGCUGGUUGAACUCCAUAGGCAAAGAGGUUUUGCUUGUGAAGUUGACUUGUUUAUUGCACAAGCCGUUUUACAGUACCUCUGUCUUCAGAAUAAACAAUCAGCAGUUGAAGCGUUUAAGUGCUAUACAAAGCAACACCCAAAUAUUCAGGCUGGGCCACCAUAUAUUUUACCCCUGCUCAACUUCAUAUGGUUUCUUUUGCAAACUGUAGAAAGUGGUAAGCUAGCUGCUUUUAUUGUCUUGUGUGAAAAAUAUGAGCCAAGUAUAAAAAGGGAUCCAUCAUAUACUGAAUAUCUUGAUAAAAUUUCCCAAAUAUUUUUUGGUGUCGCUGCUGCCCGUCCAAAGACACAAGGAUUUUUAGGAAACUUCUUAAGCUCCAUCUUCUCUGAACUUGGCAAUUCUGAUUCGUCAGAUGAGGACACACCAAAUGAGCCCUGCCCAUCCACAUCUCGGUUACAUAUGGAAACUGAUAAUGCCAACUGAGCAAUGAGAAACUUUGUCCUAAAUUAAUGUGUACAGUGUGGAGGAAAACUGCUCACCAAUGUCUAUUUCUGUGAAUAGUAUUUGGAUUGCUUGCUGUUAUAGACAAUUAAAAUGAUCCAGCCCAGUCUGUUAAAUUUAUGUAGAAAUACCAUGGAAUUUUGUUGGAUAUAUUUUAUUAUAGAAAAUACUGUCAAACUGCUUUACCCUCCGUUUGCAGUAACAGUGAGUGUACAGUGUGAAUGAUAAUCGAAAAUACAUUACACAAAGACAUUAACACUUCAGCUGUAGUUGAGAAAUACAUUUUAGAGAGUUUAUAUUUUUUAACAGAUGUGUACAUCAAAUGCAUACUGAUGCAGAUUAAAGUUUUUUAAACUUCUAGCAAGAUAUUUCUAAUUAACAUGUGUGUUUUGUUGAAAAGGGUACAGUGGUGAUCCGAUAAGAAAAUGAGCAGCUGUUUAUAAUACAAAAUGUGAUAGUUUUCUAAACACAUUUUUUUACCGCUUGAACAGUUUUUUUUAUCAUUAAUACUGGUCCUGUAAACUCAUUAUAAAUAUUAUUUUCUCUGCCUUAAUGACAUACAAUUAUUCUCAAGACAGUGUGAUAAGUACCUUUUUGUUGUGAACAGUCAGCUCUCCAAUUUCAGAUGGUGUUGAUUCCAUUGUUGGUCUUACAAGUAGCACAAAAGUAGGAAUCACAGACAGAAGUUUUAAAGUGUCUGUACAGCAAGUGGCCAUUUAUGUAGCCUCCAACACAAUUUUUUCAGAGACUGUAGUUAUAGUAUGGUGUUGUGAUGGAGUUUCUUGGACCACAUUGUCAGAUUUAGCCGGGAGCAGUUUUAGGGUGGUAAACUCAGUUUUUACAACCUUCCACUCUUACAGUCAUUCUGAGAGAGACAAAGUUUCUUAUAAAUGUUCGCAUCAAGUUGAUCGAAGCGAAUUGCAGUGUUCUACGAGGCUGUGAAUUACAUACAUCUUUAGUUGUACAUAUUCAACGGUUAAUGUUGUGCACUGUGGCUGCAACGGAAAUAACAUACAAACAGAUAAAUCGAUUAUCAGCUACUUACAGUAAGUAAAAUAAAUACUUAGUCAUUUGGCUUCCUAAAGAUGAUGGACCUGCAUUCAUGUUGAUAUAUAAAUACUGUUGUCGUCAAGAUGAUAGCUAACGUAUGGUUAGAGGUAUGUGUCUAGAACACAUUUCAGGAUAUUUGAAUGGGAUAAUGUAAGGAGUCAUACAGUAAACAUGUAGCAGUCUAUUUUAGAACACUUGUGAGCUGACUGGAAAUUUUGUAACAUUUGUAAAUCUAUAUUUCUUUUCUUCAUGAGUAAUGAGUCUAGUUAUUUAUAAUGUGUUUAGGAAAAUGAAUGCUAAUUUGAGUUGUAAAAAUGUUUUUGUAAGAAUAUGUUUGUGGAAUGUUUCCGCUUCUGAAUUUUUUGUUGUUGAAAAAGCACCAACCAAUCACAUACCAGUUUCAUUGCUUAAUAACAAACCAAAUUGUGUGUUGUAUUUUUGUUGUUGUCUUUGAAUAUGACUGUGAAUUCAGAAUGAAAUAAAGUGAAAUGUUUAUGGGA